AGUACCGAAGCGCAUUCAGGACUGGUUGGAGCUGCUUCUCUAUGAUUUUCUGGAAUAAAACCCAUUUUUCCUGCUUGAUCAGCAAACUCAUCGACCAGCGCUUGUGUUUUAAACAUUUCUUCAACGCCUUUUCAUAUUUUGGACAGAUUUGAUAUGAAACCAAGUUUUUUUUCUUUCUUUUGGACGUUUUACGCGUUUUACGCAUUUUAGGUUUCCCAAACAAACACCCAGAUGAUGUGUUCUUCAUUAACAGUUAAUCAUCGACUACGUGGAAUGAAUAUUUUAAAAGGCUGAGUGAGGUAGAAAAGGAUUUCCGUUCAUUGGUGUUUCUCUCCGCCCUCUGCGCGCGCUCCGCACGUUCCACAAGGAGUAAAGCAUGAUCGGCGCACAAUAAAGCCCCAACAGAAACACACUUUUGAACGCAGUGAACAGUGAUACCGAUGACCCGUCGUGUCUGUUAGGGAGCUGGAUGCUUUCUGAAGACUGCUGCUGUUUCCAAGCGCUGCAUGGGAGCGAACUGUCACCUCGGCUUUCCACGGCACGCAUCUUCCUGGAGGUAUCCUCCUCACCGUGGAAGAUGGCUUUUGAGUUUCCUCCAGGUUGUAGCCUGAUCCCUCUGCUUGCCUAAUGGCACAACGGCAGUGAACACUCGGCUUUUGUACAGGUGAAGCAUGACGGCAGCAGCGGGUGUACUUACAGGCCUGGCCAAGCUGAAGCGGCAGGACUCGGCCCGCUCUCAGCAUCGACCCGCCCAUUCGCUGGCCAGCCACGCUCCUGAGACUGCCCCCAGACGACGGAAACGCCGCACUGACGUGGUGGUGGUGCGUGGCAGGCUCCGCCUCUACUCGGCUUCGGGGUUCUUCCUCUUUCUGGGACUGAUCAUCCUGGGAGUAGGGAUCGGUAUGGCGACGCUGGGUUACUGGCCACACGGUAAAGCCACGCCUACCGGAGCAGGAAAUGCAGCGAAGGCUGAGAAGGAAGUGAGCAACACGACUCACGAAAUUCAAGGUCCGCCAUCCCAGCAGUCUGGUGGUCCCCUGAUGAGAUUCCUGGGACAACAUCUUCACUCUGAGAGGAUGAAGAUGCUCGGGCCCUUCACCAUGGGGAUUGGGAUUUUUAUCUUCAUCUGUGCUAACGCCAUACUACAUGAAAACAGAGACAGAGAAACAAAGAUAAUCCACAUGAGAGACAUGUACUCCACCGUCAUCGACAUCCAUCGCCUCAGGCAGAAAGAACAAAAACAGUACGGCGUAUGCGCCAGAGAGGGCGAUCUUCGGGUUUUUGGAGCGGACGCUGCUGCACGUCUGGCAGGCAACUCACUCCUGGCGUUUGCUUCUCGGGCUGGAAGUGGAGGAUCAGCUGAAGAGGAGGAGGUUCUGCUAGGAGAUGAGGAGUUUCGUCGACGUGGGGAGCAGGCCAGGUUGGAUUGUAGCUUCGCAGGGCUGCUGGCGCCGCUUUAUAAGGACCGUUCGUUCUACGGUCAUCACCAGUGGUCGGUGGAUGCAGAUGGGGAGAAGGGAGGACACCACGCGGGGUCGAUCGUCUCCUCGUCUAUUUCUGCGUUCACCCUCCCUGUUAUCAAACUCAACAAUUGUGUGAUUGAUGAACCAGAGAUGGAGGCAAUAACCGAGGAGGAGCGAGGAGGAGAGACAAGAGAGGGAGAAAGGUCAAUGCCUCUCAGCUCCAUGGAGUCUCUGGUGGUCCCUGUAGCAUCUGUUGCCAAGGCCUCCAAACCACCAGGCUUACACCGAAGCAACUCUGCGUCCUCUUCCUCUCGCUGCUCCUCUUUCUCCUCCUGCACCCUUUCCCCUGCUCCCUCCUCUACCUCAGGCUGCUGGCUUUCCCCGGGAGCAGCGAGGAGCGACUUUGGCUCAAACUCCUCUCUACACAUGCUCAACAGCCACUCCAAAUCUUUAGACCUGGAGCGAGAGCCAAGCAUGCUCAGCGUGCACCAGGAGCAGCGGAAACACCCCAGCUGGCCCCGGCUGGACCGCAGCAACAGCAGCCGGAGUCAUUCCGGAAACCGGGGCAGCAGCAAAGGCUACACACGCCUGGAGGACAGGGAGGAUCGGGGAGAGGUGCUCGCAGACGUGUCCGCGUCUGUGAGACGCGACUACAGCAAGCGCGAGAAGCUGCUGAUGAUAUCCAGAUCACACAACAACCUGAGCUUUGAGCGGGACGAGUUCAGUAACAGCACACUGAAGAGGGGCAGCUCAGAGACUCGGUUCUGACGUCCGUGAAGAAAAGACGUUUUUGUAAAUCCUCCUCCAAAUAUUGGACGUGUGUAUUAGUAGUGUAUGAGUUGGGGGGACGGAGUAGUAAGAGUAGGGAGAUGUUUGUACUUCCUGACAGAGCUGAUGUCCUACAUCUAUAAAACACAGUUCUGGAUAUUAGUACCAAUGAUUUGAUGUUAAAGAAAGAUGCAGGCCCACACCGACCUACAGGCUGUGACCUUUCCCAGGCCACAGCCACCGUUUUACCUUAUUCUAGCUCUAAAACAGGCAUUUUAUUUAACCGUAAUCAGAUUUUACUCAGGAUUAUUUACUUUUACAGCUACAAACCCACCGACUCAGACUGGCCCGCUACUCAUUCCAAAGGCUUAAUUAGGUUUUUAAUAUUUAAUGCACUUUGCUUAACACGCAUAAGUUGUUCCUCAAAUCUGCUAUUUGACAAGAAAACACAUCUCAUUCCUUCUUUACUUUAAACAAAGAGCCCUAAUUUUGAGGUAUUUGGUGCAACAGAUUUUUGACAGGAAAAAACAUUAGUUUACAGAUAUCAACAGUACCGUAUUUGGGGCCUAAAGCAGUCACUAAUGGGCCAUUCCCAUCUGUACCGGGUCGGCCCGGGCCGGGUAGCGUAGGUUGUUUACAAAUCUGGGUGGCCUGGUAUUUUUCCGGGCCAACCAAGGCUCAUUCUCAGCCGUCUUCUCGAGGGGGUCUGCUUCAGGCCGACCAGGGCCAACACACCCACUGCUGACAGCAAAUUCACACCUUCCAUUAGAGCAAGCCUCUGAUUGGUGGGUAGAAUCAGCCCACAUGGGCUUAAGGCAAGGACAUGUGGAAUCAACCAGGCCAGGCUGGGGCCGACUGGGGCUACCCGGCCCGGGCUGACCCGGUACAGAUGGGCAUGGCCCAUAAAGCCCCAUUCCCACCUGUACCGGGUCGGCCCGGGCCGGGUAGCGUAGGUUGUUUACAUAUCUGGGUGGCCUGGAAUUUUCCCGGGCCAACCAAGGCUCAUUCUCGGCCCUCUUCCCGAGGGGUACUGCUUCAGGCCGACCAGGGCCAACACGCCCACUGCUGACAGCAAAUUCACACCUUCCAUUUAUGCAAGCCUCUGAUUGGUGGGUAGAAUCAGCCCAUUCACACCUUCCAUUAGAGCAAGCCUCUGAUUGGUGGGUAGAAUCAGCCCACAUGGGCUUAAGACAAGGAUGUGUGGAAUCAACCGGGCCAGGCUGGGGCCGACUGGGGCUACCCGGCCCGGGCUGACCCGGUACAGAUGGGCAUGGCCCAUAAGACAGCUCUAAAAUUCUUGAUUUGCCUGUUUCAGGUUUAUGUGGUUUUUUAUAGAUCCCUUAAAAGUGAUUUGAUUGUUACUACUUCUGUAAAUGUCAUUGGUUGCAUUUCCCUGCUACUUCUAAAGCAGCACAGCUAAGAUAUGACACACCGUGUUAUUUUAAGGUCUGUGUGCUGGAAGAUAGCAUCUUGCUGGAGAGAUAAACUCGUUUCUAGCAGGAUAUGAGUCACUGUUCAAUAAUUAUUUCUCAAAAUAAACUUUAUUUUCACUGA